AUGAAGUUGAAUUUUCUAAUAAACCCUCCAAGCAACAAAAUCACAAUAAACGGGUUCAAUGAACUAUUGAAAUCGCUCGUGGGCGAAGUGGUGUUGGUGGGGGACUUCAACGCCCAUUACCCAGCAUGGGGUAGCAUUAAGACAAAUUACAAUGGUAGAGCUCUCUAUGAAAUCAUAGAAUCCAACAACCUCAUCAUAAUGAAUGAUGGUUCCUCAACCAGACUCAUAGGAACAGGGCAGAAUCCGAGUCCUCUUGACCUGACCAUAGUGUCGAACAACUUGGCCACCAUCACACAUUGGGACUCGCAAAGUGCUAACUCAGAAUAUAGCUGCCUCACAACAAGAAAGCUAAUUCACGAAGCUGCAGAAAAAGGAUACAAUAUUGAACUGGCUUGGAUCCCAGGACACUCAAACAUUAGAGGAAAUGAAACGGCAGACACUCUAGCUAACUUAGGAACACAACUCAGAAUCUCACAGGAUACGAAACUUACUAUACCCGAUAUAUUAACUAAGGCCAAAACAAAAGUAAAGGAGAAGUUCACAACAAUAGUAUCGGACUUAUUUGGAAUUGACAACGGAGCAAAUAAUGACGAACGUAUAAAUGAUUUGAAGAGAAGUCAACAGGUGAAUUUGGUGCAAAAUUGA